CUCAGCCUAGUGAAACAGCCCUCGGAGUUUAACAGAGCUCAUGUCAGUACAGAGCAGGAAGCACCGUAGUACGUUAGCGAAAUUAUUCGUACCAAACACGUGAACUAAAAGCGAAAAAGUUCAUCAAAAGGGAAAACACAACAACUACACAUUUCUUUAUUACAAAUCGGGAUAACUAGAAGAAAAAAAAACGUUUUAAUUCCUACCGUUAUGGGAAUGAAUGAACCACAAGAUCGUUAUUGAAGACUGGGAAGUUUUGCGAAAUUGAAUGCAGCAAAGUCUUGCAGAUCUUACAGCAUUGGAUUCCUCAGACCAUCCUCCUCAACAAGAGCAGCAGCAGCAUAUUCAGCUGGCUGGUAAUCUCCUCUCACCUGAGACAAAAAGCUGCAGCGUCAGCUGCGUCUCCACCUCCUCUGUUUCUCCAUACAGUCAGAGUACCGGUAGCACAGCACCAUGGCUGCAGCCAAGACAGAGAUGCUCCCCUCAGCCCUGCAGAUCUCAGACCCACUGGGCUUCUCCUACUCUCCCAUGGACAGCUACCCCAAGCUGGAGGAGAUGAUGUUGCUCCACUCAACAGGGACCCCCUUCCUGACUGCCUCUGCACCAGUCGGUGUAGGCUUUGGUACCGGGGAGCCAGGAGACUCAUACAACCAUCUGACUGGAGAUACAUUGCAUGAUAUCUCUAUCGGCUGUGAGAAGUCUCUCAUGGAGCAGACCUACUCAACCCCUCGCCUGCCUUCCGUCUCCUACACAGGGAGGUUCACCCUGGAGCCUGCAACCAGUUGCAGCAACAGCCUGUGGCCAGAGCCAUUAUAUAGCCUGGUCAGUGGGCUAAUGGGCAUGUCCCAACCACCCACCUCAGCUGCCCCAUGCUCCUCUGCUGCUCCGGUCAGCUCCUCCUCCCACACCGUGAGCUGGCCCAUCCAAAUCGGCGACACCAGCACCACCUACUGCAGCGUCAGCCCUGACCUCUUCCCUGACUCCAACCAGUCCUUUCCCAGCCCCUCAAACAGCUCAGUCCAGUACCCACCACCCGCCUACCCCAGCAGCAAGACAUGCUCCCCCAACAUGUCUCUGCCCAUGAUACCAGACUAUCUAUUUCCUCAGCAGCAGGGUGAGAUCAGCUUGCUGCCCCCUGACCAGAAGCCUUUCCAGUGUCAGAGCAUCCAGCAGCAGCUCUCCCUCACGCCCCUCUCCACCAUCAAGGCUUUCGCCACACAGACUGGUUCUCAGGACCUGAAGGGCUCCUACCAGUCUCAGCUGGUGAAGCCUGGUUCUCAGGACCUGAAGGGCUCCUACCAGUCUCAGCUGGUGAAGCCCAGCCGCAUGCGCAAGUACCCCAACCGCCAGUGCAAGACUCCGCCUCACGAGCGGCCCUACGCCUGCCCCGUGGAAACAUGCGUCCGCCGAUUCUCCCGUUCAGACGAGCUGACACGCCACAUCCGCAUCCACACAGGCCAGAAGCCCUUCCAGUGCCGCAUUUGCAUGCGCAACUUCAGCCGCAGUGACCACCUGACCACGCACAUCCGCACGCACACGGGCGAGAAGCCCUUCCCCUGCGACAUCUGCGGCCGCAAGUUUGCCCGCAGCGAUGAACGAAAACGGCACACCAAGAUCCACUUGAGGCAGAAGGACAAGAAGGUGGAGAAGGCAGGGUCCGCCCCCAUGGCCAUCCCUUCCCCAGUCUCAGGGUACUCCUCCCCCUCCACAUCAUACCCCUCUCCCAGCUCCUCAUACCCCUCCCCAGUGCCGUCCACAUACCCCUCCCCAGUGCCGUCCUCAUACCCCUCCCCAGUGCCGUCCUCAUACCCCUCCCCAGUGCCGUCCUCAUACCCCUCCCCAGUGCCGUCCUCAUACCCCUCCCCAGUGCCGUCCUCAUACCCCUCCCCAGUGCCCUCCUGCUACUCCUCCCCGGUGCACAGCUCCUAUGGCUCCCCAUCAGUCAACACCAUGUACUCCUCAGCCUCCAGUACAUUUCAAACGCACGUAUCCACCUCGUACGGUUCCCCCACAAACAUUUACAGCUCCCCUGUGGGCACUCCUCAGUCAGACCUGCAGUCCACCCUCUCUCCAAAGAACAUUGACAUCUACUAAGACUUUCAUAUCUUUACUUAUCAUGUAUUUCUGUUUGAAAAGAACAAGCAAACAUCAUUGUUACCUUUUCGAAGGCACUUUUUCUCCCCCUGUGUUCGUACAGCACUUAAAGAUCAUGAAACCUGACCGAUCGCGACAGAGAAUGGAAAGGGAACGGUUUCUCUCUUCAACUCAACCCCAGUACUUCAACGAGUCUUCUGAUAUGUAGAGAGCAAAGGAUAUUAGGAUUUUGGUGGGACACUUUGAUACUGAUGGCCUGAAAUUCAAAAAGACUGAUAUGCAGACCGCACCGUGUAUCUGUGUCCUUUUUGACUUUGUAGAUGAUUGUUCUUUACAUGGUAUCAUGGGAACUUGUUGGCACCAUGUUUCUCUGAAUACGUUUUCUCGUAUGUAGUAACAAUGGUGAAACCACGUUUUAUUGGAGAAGUACUCGAGCAUGUUUACUGUAAGACACAUUUGUUUCUAUUGCUUUGUAUAUUACCCAUUGGUACUCUCUUCCCUGUUCCUUUUUCAACAUGGAUUCAUGAAAAAAAUAAUUUUUAAUUACAUUUUUUUUGUGCCUUUUUGUGAAGCUCAGCAAACUAAACUCUGUGAUUUGGAUGCGUUGCAUCUGAAGUAGCCUUAGAAUGUGAAGUGUAUUCUUCACGGAUUGUAAGGGAUGAUUUGGAGGGAACCGAGGUCAUAAGUGAAAAAAUAUAUAUUUUUAUAAUUGAAAGCGUAAAUAUGUACAUAUUCAGCAGUCAAAAUGUUGUUACCUACUGAGUAGGCAUGGGAUUUUUGCAUGUUAUUUACAUGCAGUUCAUUAUUUUGUGGUUAUUUGUAAUUGUAAAACCAAGUGACUGUUUUUGGUUUCUAAAGACAUUGACUGCGCUUAACUGCCAAGGAUAUUGGUGUACAUGAUAUCCUUAAAGAAAAGGGAUAUUAAUAAAGUAUCAAUAUAUUAUGAUAAAAUUGAG